GUGGGGGGUUUUACGCCAGGCGAUACAAAAAAAUUCAUCCACCCGUUCUGUGUUGUUUUGAUUCCUGUUCGUGCGUAUCGUCGUAUCGAUUUUUCCGCAACACUAUGCGAUAAGAACAGAGAUACAGCUUGUCUGCGGUGGAAUUUUUCGCACAAGAGAAGCGUUUGCUGAUACAUUUGAGGUUUGUGUUGUGUUUGGUGAUAUACUUGCGGAAAAGGGCGUGGAUGUGAAGGUAUUUCCUAUUGAAUCGGAAUUCCUGUCUAAAAAAAAUGCUGAAACAGGAAAAUUUGGCCGCAAACUUCUGCGGUUUGUUGUCCCUGAGGGGAAAUAAAGAUGUUGCCAUUGAAUGGCGUGUGUUAGGUAAGGAACAGGAUGGGUCUCUGCUCGCAGGUUGGGCAUCAUUUGAACCCACCAACCGCGCAGAUCAGAAAAGCCGAAUUGGAAUAUACUCCCCGAAAGACAAAACGCUUCAAAUAUUGUACACUUUCCCCAAGAAGGAAAAUGUUAUACAGGCUUCAGUGAAUUUGACGAGGACUCUGCUACUGUACACAUGCAAAGAAUUGAAGCAGGAAGAGUCUGGUCGUAAAACAGAUAUCUAUCGAACGUUUUUAGUUGAAAUCAAGCAAGAUGUAGAGGUAGAGCCCCACUUGCUGAUGGAAGUCGACCGGAACCAUCAAAUGAUGGGACAAUUCUUGUGGCGAAAUUUAGCGACAUUCGAAAAGAGUCAACAGGAUAAAUUUCUCCUGUUAAUGCACCACGAACAAGUUCUGUUGUAUACUGCAACGUUUAAAAAGCAUGGUGCUGCUGGAAAAGAUGAAGAUCUCAUCGGAGGUAGCUCUAAACUCAACUAUACCGAUCCAACGGCUUGGUAUUUGGACAAAGCGGGAUUGAAGAGUGAAACUAUAACGAAAAACUUCGUUUGGGCACAGUGGGACUCUCUGGUGCAAGCUCUCUAUUACAUUCACUUGAAACCAGCGCCGAAGACUCUUUUUGAAAAGGACGACGGUUCCACCGAUAGAAAAAUGAAUCCCACCCUCUCGGCGUUUCAAUUCCAUGACGACCUCCGAACCGAAACAGUUUUAAACAUACCACUGAAUCUGCCCAAAAUUCCCACCUCAAGCUCGGGAACGGAGGAUAUUUACGAAGAUGAUACAGUUCCACUGCGUAUUCACGAUUCUUCUCUGAACCUCAUCAUCGUUAGCGAACCAUCAGGGAUGUUAUACGUGUGCCAUUACUAUCUGUAUCAACCGAUCAAGCAAGCUGACGAGGAAGCUUCCACUUCGCAGAGGAUAUGCGAUGUGCACUUUGCGUAUUCGGUUACCAUUUUACACCACGGAUGUGUAAUCCACUGUGUCAUACCGGGAAUCCCCUGGGAGAAGGCUAAAACCAUGAAACCAACAUUCACCCUUCACGGUGAUCAUCAUAUGCUGGUUUUUCAGGCGGACCUAUUCAUGCAUCUGCUGGACGUGGGACUGUCCCAUGAACCCUGCUGUCAUAUCGUGUGUGCUCCCUUCACUAGACAGUCGGUGACCCAUUUGGUGCCCUGCUUUGCGACCAACAAUAUUUGCUACGAUUCGGCGACGCUGGAUUUGAUUUCCAUUACGAUACCGAAAAAUCAUUUAAUUGAGGCCUUCCGGAAUGAUACGUCGGUGGACAACAGGUUGGCGAUUGUGCACUAUUUUCUAGCGCAUUCAAGUGGCGAUAUUCUGGAGAUCUUUUCAGAGCUUCUCAAUAUCAUCAUGGAACGCCCGCUUCACCUGGACACGGUUCCGCUUCUGAAGGAAGCAUUAGUCUCCGGUACAUACGCAUCCUCUAGGAAGGGACUCUCACAGGAUCAGCUUGCUCUCUGCCGACUUCUUCCAUUGACCACGUGCAACACUUCCAAACCUAUCCAGGCCAAGGUAUCGAACCUCAACGUCGGACUGUCACACGAAACUCUCUACAACACUACGAUGAUGUUGCUUUCGCCGCAACAGCGACUGUCACCAUAUCGGAAGGACAUCUGGACCUGUUUGUGGGAGCGAUUGAAUGACAACAAGGAACGCGUCCGCUUCGUGCAGGACCAGGUAACCGAAAAGCUGAUGUACUCGCUGACUUGCUACCAACCGGAGGCACUCUCCCGUUGCUCAACACCGAUGUCACCGGUGAAUCCGAUUGUCAACGUAGCCGCCGAAUUUUCUGCCGCGGUUGCACGACGAAUGCUGAGCGAUAUGCUUCCGUUUGCGGAAACCGAAGCAUGUACCGCUACCAAACAGGAAUUGGUACUGAACGUUAAUCUGAGAGAGCUCAGCAUGCAUCUUGUGAAGCACAGCGUAAAGGAAGUUAGUGGCUUUCGUUGGUUGAAAAAUGCGUUUUAUGACAGUAAUCCGGCACCGUCGCAUGUUCAUGCUGUUGCCACAAAAUACGUAGCUGCGCAGCUGGAACAAUCCCGUGCACUGUGUGCCCUAGUUUGUAAAACCGCCGGUUUGGAUAUGACAAGUGACAUUGAAAAGGGUUUCGCGCUCGUUGAUCAACUGGAAAACUCCCAACAGCUAAAGCUGUUCACCAUGCUGGAACGAUACUGUCUGGCGACGGAAUCGCUCGCCUUCCCGUUUCCCCUUGGGUUUUCCUCUUUCUUCACCUACCUGGGCUACCGGGCGCUCACCUUUGACAACUUCAUGCAAUAUGUCGAGCACCACGUGUUCGAGUUGCAGAUAGACGUCAUCAAGGUGAUACUCGCCGAUAUCGACGAUACGACGGAAGGUAUCCAGCGAAAGUUGAGCCUGUUGAUGACGCUGCCACGGUCCCGGGCGAGACGACUAUUGAACAGCUGGAAUCAUCCAGUCAGCACGAUGCUCAAGGGACGGGAGCAUGCGUUGAAUAUCCUCUCCGGGAAUUCGGUGAAUUUGCGGGGAUACUCGCAGAUCAAGAAGCGGGAGUACAAACCGAAAGUUUGCAUCCGCUUCUGUUGUUCAUCAUGUAUAUAUGCAUCAUCAUCAUCAUCACCAGCAACUCCAUCAAGAAACACGCGAUCGAUUCGUCCGACGACAUAUGCUGACUUAAAUUGCCUCAGUAUACGACUCGAGUGUCGGGAUCAUGCGGAUCAUUCAUCGCCAUCGUGCGUCCUCUUCGGAAAACCGAAGUGGGUCAGUCGACAACGAAGGAAACCACCCACGGGAAGAACCCGGAAGAUCAUAAUCAUAAUUGUUAUCGUUUAUGUAGCGCUUGUGUUAGUUAUUGUCCUUUCGACAUAUUACGUCUAUGAUCCUCACAUUGUCAGUGGAAUGCGGAACUUCUCACAGAUGGUAACAACCAUGCAUAACAUUAUUCGUUGAGGGUUCAGAUAGCUUUUAGUGACAUUAAUUUAAUACUUGCACGUCGAUUUGGAUUACUUUUUUCAAUUUUGUUACAAGUUAUUUUUUUAUUCCUUUCAUUGAACUGCUAAUGAAUUUCAUCGUUUGUAUACAAUUUUUGCAUGCU